AGUCUCUUCAUAAGAUUUGUUUUUAUCAGAAGUCAGAGAAUCUUAUAUUUCUCAAGAUUAUCUUUACAUAUCUUAUCUAUGAAAUCAAUGAGAGAAAUCAUCAAUUUCAGUAUUCUGUUCUUAAUAUUAUUCAAGUAGCAGCAGAGUUCACUCUGAUCACACUUUUUAA